UCUCCCUUAACAAAGAAUAAAUUGCAGGAAAAAGGGAACUUAAAACUAAGAGUUAUUCAUUCUGGUGAAGUCAUUGACUUCAUUUGAAGCCAAAACCACACACAAACCAACAAGAAAACCUUAGCUACACUAUGAGACAUUCAAGGUUGAGUACCCUGCACUUCAAACCUUUAACUAUUAUUAAUUUAUUAUUAUUCAUUCCAAAAGAAAACUCUCUCCGUCCCCCUAACCCUUCACUUCCAUAGUAAACUCCAUGUAGCUUCCCUUAUUCAAUUCAUACUAUAUAGCAUCAUCAUCAUCAUCAUCUCUUCAAUUCAUCCACAUACCUUAAUCCACCCUAGCUUCUUCUCUUCUUUGAGUUAUUCUUCUAAGUUCCCUCAAUAGAAUCGCAAAAAUGGAUCAUCAGGGUCAGUGUUUGAUGAUGUGGACUAAGAGGAAGUACUCUAAUAAUCUUGUUACUACUAUGCCAACAACAAACAACACUCUUGAUAUUGUAGAAUCAUGGGAAGAACAAGCUUUUGCAAAAGAUGCAGCUGGUUACAUAUGGCCACCAAGAUCAUAUUCUUGCAGCUUUUGUAGAAGAGAGUUCAGAUCGGCUCAAGCUCUUGGUGGACACAUGAAUGUUCAUAGAAGAGAUAGGGCAAGGUUAAAGCAGCAGCAGCAACCAUCAAGCCCCAUUAAUAAUGAUCAAGAAAUUGAUGAUUAUUAUGAUUUCGAAGUUGAAGCUCAUCAUCAUCAUCCAGGUCAAAAUAAUAAUCAUCCUUUCACCUCUAAUUUGGAUUAUCCUUAUAACAGUAACCCUAGUAGUUAUUAUUAUGAUCCUGCUACUAAUUGUUCAUCAUCAUCAGUUAGUAAGUUCUUCAAAGAGGGACAAACCGUGAUUCCGCUUCUUAAUUCUUCUAUUUUCCGUGGGUGCCUUAAGAGGAAUAGUAGUAAGAGUAUUAUUGUUUCUCCUCCUCAUCAUCAUAGUUUGCCUCAAGAUUUCAGAUUUUUGGAAACUGUAUGUGGUGGUGAAGAGAAAAGUGAUGAUGAUAUGGGUGUGAGAUUAAGCUUGUUUGUUCAUAGGGCUAAAGAGGAAGAUAUAAGUUCUUUCAAGAAGAGGAAAACAGAUGAUUCAACGAUUCCGAAAUCACGUUCAGUAGUUGAUGUUAAUCAUCAUCAUGUUGAAUCACGCAACAAGUUUCAAUUUAGCCCUAACUUCAUUGAAGAGCUGGAUCUGGAGCUGAGACUUGGUUAUAGCAGCUCCCAGGUAUAUAGUAGCAAAUAAUUAAUAAUAAUAAUAUACAUAUUCUCGAUGAUAUAGUUUAAUUUCUCCUCUUAUAUGUUUUUCACUGUUGUUUAAUUUGCUAAUUACUUCUCUCAAUUUGAAUACCUUAUUGUAAGAAUCUUUUCAUCAAGUUUGAUUAUUAUUGGAUCUGUGUGAUGACUGAUGAGGAUAAU